GUUUACAAGUGCAUAGAAGUGUUUCCAAACUUUGUAGAAAGAUUAUUUGGCCAUUGUUAAUCUUUACUUUAUGGUUUAUGGAGAGUUGUACUUAGAUCAAUCUCCAUCAGACUCGAACAUCACCUACUGUCAUGCGAAAAGUAUUUUGGAGGGGAAAUCACACUAUCAAAUCAACCUUUCAAUUCUUUCGGGUCUAUCCAAAAUGGGGCUCUUUGAGCCAAUACUCAACGAAACCUCGAAAAGGAUUUCUUGGUAAAAUCCAUAGCCUGCUGUCCAGACUCACAGCCCGUCGCCAAGAUGAAGGUCACAUCUCAAAAAAUAUGGCACAGGGAAAAAGUGACCAUUUUCAUGAGAGGUAUGAAAUUAGGAUUCUAUUUCGACAAUUUUUAUUGCUUUCUCAAAUUAUCCGUUAUUCGAGCUAGGCUCUUCUUAUAAAAUGUUGCUUUAUUGUUUAUUACACUAUUUCUUUUUGCUGAGCAUGCUUGUGUAUCCUUGUUGCGGCGCAGGAGCUGCGGUCAGGCAGUUUUUAGCCCAGUUCGUGAAACCCAAGAUAGUUCUGUCACUUUAAUUAAUCUUGAAGUGAGUGAUAGCAAUAAUGAUUUGAAUAUUGACUUCCUGCUGUGGGUGUCUCUACAUCGAUGUUAGUCACAAAUAUAUCAGAUCUGCAAAAGGUCAUGUUCCUUCGUAUGAGGCACAGAUGGUAUAAAUUGAGAGAUUGCCAAGAAGCAAACGGGUGUCAAAAGAUUUCCUACCCUGCCUUUUGUGUGGAAGAAACCCUUUAAAUAAUUCAUCAACUGGUCUCAUUUCGAUACGACAUCGGAACGGGAGGAGGGGGUCGCCGGAUUCAGAUUGUUUGCUGCAGGUAAAUCACGUCGACAACGAGAAUCUACAACCUCUUCUCCAUUCAUAUAACUCCCAUGAAUUUGCUGGGAUGUUGCACAAGACAAAUUGGAAGGCAAGUGCUAUUUGGAAUGUGAAAAGUCGGGGGCUAGAGUGAUAGGUUCUAGCGAAAAUGCCCUGAGCGGCGUAGACACACAUAGAAGCAGCCUGUCAUCGUUACAUCGUGCCUCUGUUGGACAAACAUUUUGCAGACGGGAAGUUUUCCUUGGAGAAAAAGUCAAUCAACUUGGAUCGAAUUCAAACCAAAUCUACUUAAAAGGUACGCUUGUUCCACCGUUGAAUACUUCUGGUUGCGUGUCAUUGCUAUUCCUUUCAAUCUUCCCAGCCGCAUUUCUAAGAUCUACCUCCGAAUCCUUUUCACAGUUCUUUUCCGCUUCUGGUUAGUCCAUCAGUUUCCCUUAGCGUGAACACUGGAUCAAGCGUCAAUUUUAAGGCUAAACCUACAUCACGUUUAUAGACCAUGAAUGCUAACAGAACAACGAAUAGAUCAACUGCAAAGACCCUUCCAGAAGCAUCAAGCAUACUUCACACAAUCAUGCAUAAUAUUGAGUCUCUUGCCACCGAGAUUGGAGGAAUGGAUGUUGAUACUGCCCCCGCAAUCAGUCUCACCGACACUCCCAAGGCUAUCAUCAAGCUUAUCGACUUGCUGGCUCGCAGUGAUCUCCCUACUGCCCCGCCCUCUAUCUACAUUGAUCUCGAGGGUAUCCAAAUUGGCCGCAAUGGUUCAAUAUCUAUCAUUCAAGUCUAUUUCCUCCCAACCAAGGAGUCAUUUCUCGUGGAUGUUCAUACUCUUCGCGAGCAAACAUUUUCCACCCCAAACAAAUCUGGCGUCACAUUAAAGUCUAUCCUGGAAUCCCAGCUCAUACCCAAGGUUAUCUUCGAUGUCCGUAAUGACUCUGAUGCCUUAUACAGCCACUUUGGCAUCAAGCUUGGAGGCGUUAUCGACCUUCAACUCUUGGAGCUCGCCACUCGUUCUUAUGGCCGAGAUUUUCUCUGCGGGCUUGCAAAAUGCAUGGAAAGGGAUCUCAUGCAAACUCCGGAAGAACUCAAAGUUCGAGGCGCCAUAAAACAACGUGGAAUAGAAAUCUUCGCGCCGGAAAAGGGGGGUAGAUACGAGGUCUUCAAUGAUAGGCCCCUUGACCCAGCGAUCGUGGAUUAUUGUGUUCAGGAUGUUCAACUCUUGCCCGAGCUCUGGGAAGUCUAUAAUGCAAAACUUAGUAAGCUGCACAAAAGAUGGGUUACCAAAAUUGAGCAAGAAACAAAGGCUAGGAUUUUGUUGUCUCAGAGCGCAGGGUAUAUUGGGGAAGGUCGGCAUAAGGCAAGAGCGCCAAGCUUGUGGUAGAGCAUUUUUGAUGGACGCCUUGUGUGCAUACUACAUCUUCAUACUCAUUGGACAAAUUCAGUGGGAUCUUCUUUCCUCACCAUUGACAUUAUGGUUCGUUUUCAUGGCCAAGACCAAUCUAAGUGUCAUGGGAUUUAUUGUCACUUGUUUAAUCUUUUUAUUUUCCUCACAGCACGAGUGAGUUCAUUUAAUGAAGUCGGAAUUAAAUUUCCAUAGAGUUAUCAUAUGGAAAUGACAAUGAAAUUUGAACCUGUUGGAUG